GCGCGCCCACACGCAAACACAGUCACACUUGUACUCAUCUCUCUCUCUCUCUCUCUCCUACGAUGCUUAUCACCAACACGAAGGCAAGGACUAGUGAGAGAGGGUGUGUGUAGUGUAUGAAAGUUUUCGUGUAAAAAUUUCUCAUAAUCCAUAAAAAUUCAUUUCAUUUCAUUCGGAAUCCAUGGGCGAAAAAGAAGAACUUCGAAAUGGCGACUACGUCGCCAAAAAGCCCAAACUCCUCAAAUUGUCCAUUUCCGACCCGGAAUACCUCCUCGCUUCUGAAUUCUCUCACCACGAACCGGGCACGGCCCGAAUCAACAACGGCAGUUUCGGGUGCUGCCCCGAAUCCAUUAUCGCCGCUCAACGCACCUGGCAGCUCCGUUUCCUCAAACAACCCGACCACUUCUACUUCUCCACGCUCCGCCCCAAUUUGUCUAAGUCACGCGCCGUUGUCAAAACCCUAAUCAACGCCUCCGACCUCGACGAGGUCUCCCUCGUCGAUAACGCCACCACCGCCGCCGCCAUCGUUCUUCAGCAAGUCGGGCGCCGGUUCUCUCAAAUAAACGACACCGUUGUUAUGUUUCACUGCGCUUUUCCGGCUAUCAAGAAAUCAAUCCAAGCUUACGUCACGCGCGCCGGCGCUUCCGUCAUCGAGGUCCGCCUUCCGUUUCCUGUCAACUCCGACUCCGAAAUCAUCGCCGAGUUCCGAAAAGGAUUGUCGAAAGCGAAAUCCAACGGCGGGAAAGUUCGAUUGGCGAUCAUCGAUCACAUCACGUCAAUGCCAUCGGUUCUUGUUCCGGUACGCGAACUCGUCGAAAUCUGCAGAGAGCAAGGCGUGGAUCAAGUAUUCGUCGACGCCGCCCACGCAAUCGGAAGUGUUCCCAUCGAUGUUCAAGAAAUCGGCGCCGAUUUCUACGUCAGCAACCUCUACAAAUGGUUCUUCGCUCCGCCUUCGGUGGCGUUUCUCUAUUGCCGGAAAUCGAACUCGUCCUCCUCCACAAUGCACCACCCCGUGGUUUCUCACGAGUACGGUAACGGACUCCCGAUCGAAAGCUCGUGGAUCGGAACCCGAGACUAUAGCCCACAGCUCGUUAUCCCGACGAUAAUCGAAUUUGUGAACCGAUUCGAAGGCGGCAUUGAGGGAAUCAUGGCUAGAAACCACGAACAAGUGGUGAAGAUGGGGAAAAUGCUCGCGGAAUCUUGGGGGACGAGCUUAGGCUCGCCGCCGGAGAUGUGUGCAAGCAUGAUCAUGGUGGCAUUGCCUUCGAAACUCUGCGUUACGAGCGAUGACGAUGCAUUUUCGUUGCGGUCGCAUUUGAGGGAGAAGUAUAAGGUUGAAGUACCGAUAUAUUAUCGGCCUCCGAAUGAGGAUGACGGCGAGAAUGAGCCGAGGCAUAAGGAUGGAUUGAUCACAGGAUAUACUCGAAUUUCGCAUCAGAUUUAUAAUAAAGUUGAGGACUAUUAUAAGUUUAGAGAUGCAAUUAAUCAGAUUGUGGAGAAUCAACAAGUUUGCAAGAUGCUUUCGACUAAAUGAGAAAGUUACCGGAGCAGCCUUGCAUGGAGUGAUGUCUGCGUUUCACCUGUUGCUGAUACCUGCGGAUUGACAAAGUUUAAAAACAACAGAAUUUUGGAAGACACCAACAGCUAGGUAGAGAUUGUGACAAAUGCUUAA